UUCUAGAUCUAGAAAUCUAGAUCUAGAUCUAUAUUUUUAUCUGCCCAAAGAUGCAGUGAGUAAUCGAAAAGUUUGGGUUAAAAUGGCGUUGUCCUUCCAAAUUAAAAAGCUUAUUCCAUUAUUGUCUGGGUUAAAACUACACAAUGUUGAAAGUGUUAGGUUCAAAUCCUCUCGAGGGCUUAUACUCAAACGUAGAAGACCACUGAGAAAAUGGUUUGAUCCUGCAGAUAAGUCUUGGGCAGAACCAAUAUUCAAAUACAACAAAGAAAAGGCUGCGCUUCCUGAUCCAGAACCAUCAGUGCUACAUAUGGUUUAUCGUAUUAAGGACCAUUAUACCAGACCAUACUGGGAAAAAGAUAUUUUAAAAGAAUUUGGACUCUUUGAAAAGAGUUACAAUCCAGUUGUCAUAAAAAAUACACCAGAGAUAAAUGAAAAAUUGAAAGUCAUUCAACAUUUAGUGCAUAUUAAACCUGUUACGUUCCCCUACGGCUUACCUAAGGAUGAGAGUGACUAUAAACACUGUUAUUUGACAGAAAAGGGAGAAUUUGUAGUUCGGCAUCGUAUAACUGAUCAGAGUAAGGAAGUUGAUCAGGCUUGGGCAGAGGUCAAAAUGGUGGAGGAAAGAAAGGAUAGUAAAGAUGUUUGGAAAAUGGAUAAAAAGACUUUGGACAAAGAAACAAGAAGUGUCUUGCAACAUUUUCGCCUGAGUGCUGAAUAUUUUAAAGAGAAAUAUGUCUACAAAUAUAAUCAAGAUGGCAAAGAACAUAGAUAUAAAAAUGAAAGCAAAAUGGAUAGAUACAGACAGCAUUGGUAUUGAUGUGAAAAUUUUUGUCUUCUCAAA